GAAACUAAUAAGCUAUUUGUUUUGCUGUCCUUGUCUCGCUUCAUCUUAUCUCCCAGGUACACUAUCUAUUUAAGGGGUGUUUUUAGCCAUUUCUUCGGCCCAAGUAUGCAACAGCCCACAGAAGUCUGUCUUGAUCGCUUCCUUUCCUUCAUACCACCCGAACCUUCGCCCUCUUUUCCCUCCCUCUUUUCUUUUCUUUUCCCUCUUUUCGCUCUUUUCUGUUAGCUACUUCCCAACGUUCUGUCACUCUGCCCUUCACAUAUACACUCUCACUCACAUGGCCGAACAACCUAAAGAAUACCCUAUCCUGUGGUGGACACAGUGGUUUCGUACAACAACAGAGGAAGACAAAGUCGUUGACUAUUGUGGACUGCCCUACACCUGUCGAUUCACACUUAAUCGAUCCAAGUACGACGAAGCGAAGGUUAUUGUCUUCCACGCCCCUAGCUUCGACCCGCAUGAUGUCCCAAGCAUCGAAGAUGUGAAGACUGGCAAGAAGUCCUGGGUACUUAAUACUCUUGAAGCCCCUAAGAACUUUCAGAUAAAAUCGAAAUGGACUGAGAUCUUCACGCAUCUUUGGUCCUACUCGUUUGAAUAUGCCGAUUUCGUUCAGUCCUAUUUCAAUUCAGGACGUGGAGAAGGGUCGCUUCUAUCACAUAUCCUCGCAAAGCCAGUCUAUACAGUCGACCAAAAGAAUAUUUUCCGAGAGGACGGACUAGCACCGAUUGCAUGGAUCGUCAGCAGCUGCACUUCAGAGAAUGGACGUCACUUUUAUAUAAAGCAGCUGCUGAAGUACAUCAAGGUCGAUAUCUAUGGCCAUUGUAUGAAGAACAAGGAGUGGCCGGUCCAUCAAGAUGGCAGGCCUUAUUCGGAUUACGAGGUUGUGGCGCCAUACAAGUUUUAUCUCAGUAUCGAAAACACCAACUGCAACGACUACGUUUCCGAGAAAAUAGAAAGGCCUUACGCCGUUGGGGCAGUGCCCAUAAUUGACGGACCCAGGGAUUAUUCGCGAUUCCUGGCUACCAAUCACUCUUCGAUCCGACUCGACGAAUUUGCAACACCCGAACAGCUCGCUCUCCAUAUCCACGAGCUUGAUCGAGACAAUAUGGCGUACUUGAAAUAUCUCGACUACAAAUGGAUCAAUUCGACAACACCAAUCGAAUCUAUUCUCAAUCCCAGACUACUCGAAACGUACGAUCUGGACAACAACGGCUGGGGACCUGAUGAACGUGGCGCUCGAUGCGGUGUUUGUGCCCUGGCUCAUGACAUGGCCGAAGGAACCUACAAUUUCAACCCUAACAAGACUAUAGGAUUCGACCGGACGUGUGCGUUUAAAAAGUGGGCCUUUAUUAGCUGGGGACUAGAGUUUUACUGGUGGAUCAUUGCCCUGAGCAUCCUUGGGCUCAUGGCGGGAGUAGCGGUUAUCUAUAUGACUCUUUGGGAUCGUAAGAAGCGUCAUCGUCUCUUGAAAUUUGCGCUGAAGCUGACGCCAAGCUGGAUAGCAAAAGGAAGAACAGCGGACAGAGCGCUGUACAGAACCCACGAUUACAGCAAGAUUUAAAUAUUCUAUUUACCGAUGUAUAAUUUAAUAUAGAAGCCGUUAUUUCUCGGCCCACUUUAUAGGGGGUUGUGCAAUGUAUGUGUCCAUAUCUUUGCGCCUGGCACAAUCCAAAAGCAAGCUGUAUUUCAGUCGAC